AUGGUUUCCGCUUUGCUUGUAUUUUCUCCUGAGCUAUGCAUAAAGCCAUGGCAGAAUACUAGCAAUUCUUCUAACAAACUUAAAAUUUCUUCUGGACUUUCUCAAAACAAGAUCCAAACUGUAGUACGAUGCAAGAAGAAAGGAGAAAUAUUUCAUAGUUCUGUGAUAAAUGGGCAUUUAUACUCUAAUUCGCCGCCUUUUAUUAAAGUCUCGUUACAGAAGUCUGUGAUUCCUUUUGCUGUCUCUCUUGCUGUUUUUCUAUGGUCUGGUUCAGCUCAUGCUGGAUUUCUCUCUGGCUUCUCUGGGAUAGAAUCAGUUCCUGGUCCUCAGUUACCUGAGAUUGACUUUCUCACUCGCUUUAACGAAGAAAACCAGAAGAAGUAUGCAGAAUAUGAUGCAAGAUUCAAGGAGUCUCCCUUGCUUAAAAAGUUGCUUGAACAAUCCAAGUUGAACAAGGAGAAAAACCGGCAAGCUAUUCAAGACAAAUAUUGUAUUCGAGGAGCUGAGUGGGGUGUUGGAGAUUGCUCGGCUGAUGCUAUGUCACCUGAAGAUAGAGAUAAGUUCAUUGCCAUGUUGAAGCAAAAGGCUGGAGUCGAAUGA